AAAAAACACAGAGCAACAGACUCAGAUUAACACACAAGUUAGAGUUACAAAUUAUUUAAAUAAAAACAUUUAAACUAUUUACAAUUCACAAUGCCCGUAAAUGUGGAAAUAACGCUGGAGGAGAUGACUAGGAUUGCUUUGGGUGUACCCGAGCUGACCCACGUCAAUGUGGCCGUACUCCACAGUCUGUUGAAUGUCCUGCUCAAAAAACUCAACUGCCAGAAUGAUAUGGUGAGCAUUCGAGGCUUCGAGGGCAAGUGCAUGGAGCGCAUCUUAGAACAGUCCAAGAUCUCACCCCUACCCUUUGAUGUGGAGGCAAUUGUGCCCAUUUCCGAGCAGCUGGACAGAGUGCAAGAGAUGGAGCAGCGCAUCAAGAAGCUGGAGUGCCAAGUGGAGUGUCACUUCCAGCAGAUCCGCAUUUGCAACAAAACCAAGGACAAGAAGUUCAAGGUCCAUCAGGCCGAACAGUAUGCCUCGCCGUGUGAGGAUCUCUGCACCGUUUGCGAUGAGGACAACAAGAUCGCCUGCAGCCUGCUGGGCAACAUGGACUUCAUGAAGAAGCUAAUGCGGCACAUAGCCACCCCGAUUGUGGACCAGAUGGAGGAGGUCAGCAGGAAGCUGGAGAUGUUCUACCUCACACUUCAGGCUUUCCUGAAGCAAACCGAAGCGCUCUUCAAGCGCCUGGAACUGGUCAAGCAGUGUGUGGUGGAGAUCGAGAACUUGCGCAAUCUGAUCCAGGAGUAUAACAUCACGUUCAUUGGCACCAUGGAGGAGUUGCAGGACAUGCUGGACAGCAAGCUGGACAAGGUGCACAUGCCGGCGCUAAAGAAGUACAUUCGGGAUCACUUCGACGACAUUGAUCGGCGCUUGAGAUUGAUUGAGGAAAGAGACGCCUGUCCCAGAGCAGCUGGUUUCAUCAAUUCGGGCAUUUGCUGCCUCUCCUGCAACAGCACCAAUGUCGGCGUCGAUGUGGGCCCCCAGAUCGUGGGCGUUUUGCCCGAUGCCAGGGUGAGGCCUAUGCCCAUGUUGCCGGGACAACCUCAGAAUUGCCACAAGACCGUCGUCUGCCGAUCCGUGGAGAAGGAACCCACCCUAAUGGUGCGAGUCAACAAUCUCGAUCUGAAGGUCCUAAAACAGCGACUCAAUCGUCCUGCUUCGGGCAAAGUCUGCAAACUGCCCGAAGCCAACGACGUCAUCUAUGGCGUUCGCAGCUCUUGCAUAUCCGGCUAGUCGGCACAACUAAGCCCCGCUAACCCCGCUAGUCUCCAUCCAAAUCGAUUCGUUUAGGCAAUAAAGCAUAUAUGCGGACCCCCCUCACAAGGCUGUUUCCGUUAAGCCGCAUAAA